GAAAACAAUAAAAAGAAAACCAGUAACUGAAAUUGUGGGGCUGUCUAUGCCUUGCCAUGGCGGUCCUUGCAACCUCUGCUGCUACUCUCUCAUCCAUUUCUCUUCACCUCCUUCUUUCUAACAGUAACAUAAAUGCUAAUUCUCUUUUCCACUCCACUAUCCAUCGGAUAAACUUUCAUUCUUUCCAAAUUUACCCCUUGCAUUUGAAAUCAACAACUCUACAAGUCCGCUUUUUACGCCCGACGCCUAAAAUUUGCAGUGACUAUAAUAAUAAAGUAGUAGCAGCUGCUAGACAUCAGCUACUCUGGCUUAAUCCGACACCCUUUCCGAGUAAAUGCGUGCGGAAUAUAGGAAAGAAAGCAUCCAUUCUUUUCGUAAGAUUGGUUGCUGUUACAAUGCUUCUUGUUACUUCAGUUUCUGUUGCUACCAGCAGUGCUCCUGCUUGGGCACUAAGUGAAGAGAAUCUAUUGUUUUUAGAGGCAUGGAGAACAAUUGAUCGUGCCUAUGUUGAUAAGACUUUUAAUGGACAGAGUUGGUUUAGAUAUAGAGAAAAUGCUCUGCGUAAUGAACCUAUGAACAAUAGAGAAGAGACAUAUGUGGCUAUAAGGAAGAUGCUUGCCACAUUGGAUGAUCCUUUCACUCGUUUUCUAGAGCCUGAGAAAUUUAAGAGUUUGCGGUCUGGAACAAAAGGUGCUCUUACAGGUGUAGGGCUAUCAAUAGGCUAUCCUACAGGGUCUGAUGAAUUACCAGCUGGACUUGUUGUCAUUUCAGCAGCUCCAGAAGGUCCUGCAAGUAGGGCUGGCAUUGUAUCUGGGGAUGUGAUUUUGGCAAUAGAUGAUUCAAGUACAGAAAGGAUGGGCAUAUAUGAUGCAGCAGACCGACUACAGGGACCUGAAGGAAGUUCAGUGAAGUUAACCAUUCGCAGUGGACCUGAAACAAAGCAUCUUGCUUUAACGCGAGAAAAGGUGUCUCUAAAUCCGGUGAAGUCAAGACUCUGUGAAAUUCCUGCCUCAGGGAAGGAUUCUCCAAGGAUUGGUUAUAUCAAACUAACAACAUUCAACCAAAAUGCUUCAGGUGCUGUAAAGGAAGCUAUUAGCACUUUAAGGAGUAACAAUGUUGAUGCGUUUGUGUUAGACCUUCGAGACAAUAGUGGGGGUUUGUUUCCAGAAGGUAUUGAGAUUGCCAAGAUUUGGUUAGACAAAGGUGUAAUUGUAUAUAUUUGUGAUAGUCGUGGUGUUCGAGAUAUAUAUGAUGCAGAAGGAAGUGGUGCAAUUGCAACUUCAGAACCCCUGGCUGUACUGGUGAACAAGGGAACUGCUAGUGCAAGUGAAAUAUUAGCUGGUGCACUAAAAGACAAUAAACGUGCGGUGCUGUUUGGAGAACGCACAUUUGGCAAAGGCAAGAUUCAAUCAGUUUUUCAGCUGUCUGAUGGCUCUGGCUUGGCUGUUACAGUUGCUCGAUAUGAGACACCUGGUCACACUGAUAUCGACAAGGUUGGUGUUAUACCGGACCAUCCCUUGCCAACAUCAUUCCCCAAGGACGAGGAGAGUUUUUGUGGCUGUCUCCAAGACCCUUUGUCUACUUGUUAUAUCAAUAGAGUCCAGCUAUUUGCCAGAUGACCAAUUUGUUUUCUUUUUUGACAUUUCCUUUAUGGAAGACACAGAACUAAAGAUCAUCAUAGUAUGUACUAUGUAGUUAAACGGUCCUUGGUAUUUUCAAAUUUGACCCCAUGCUCCAUUAAAAUU